CACGUGUCUCCAAGGCGAGGGGCGGCGGCCAUGAGGCGGCCCAACCUGCUCAUCACCGGCACGCCGGGAGUUGGGAAAACCACGCUGGGAAAGGAGCUGGCCUCCAGAGCUGGGCUGAGCUACGUCAACGUGGGGGACCUGGCCAAGGAAGGAGAGCUGUAUGAAGGCUUUGAUGAGGAGUACGAGUGCCCCAUCCUGGAUGAGGACAGGGUGGUGGACGAGCUGGAGGCCAGGAUGAGCGAGGGAGGGGUGAUUGUGGAUUACCACGGCUGCGACUUCUUCCCCGAGCGCUGGUUCCACAUCGUGUUGGUGCUGCGCACGGACAGCUCCCGUCUGUAUGACAGGCUGCACGGCAGGGGCUACAAGGGCAAGAAGCUGCAGGACAACAUUCAGUGCGAAAUUUUUCAGACUCUGUAUGAGGAAGCUGUGUUGUCCUAUAAAAAGGAAAUUGUGCACCAGUUACCCAGCAACACUCCAGAGGACCUAGAGAGAAAUUUGGAUCAGAGUAUGCAAUGGAUUGAACAAUGGAUGAAGGACAAUAACUGACUUUUGGUGAAACAGUAGCUGCUGGAUCUCUUCUUGGGAGGGAGGGUUUAAUCAAUUAUGUUUGUAAUUCUUGCACUGUAAAUGAAUGUGAGUUUUGUUGUAACUGGCUGGGGAGUAGAAGAAAGUUCAGAGUAGCCGCGUUGUGAGGAUGUGUAACAGCACCCUGAGAGGCAACGGAGAACUGAUACUGAUAAAACUGAUGCAACAGAAGUGACUGAAAGGAUGACAAUGAGGCGGUUGGCCUCAGCAGCAGGAGCUGUGUUCAGUAGCUGAGAAUUCUUUAGACCUUACAAUUGAAACCAAGCUAUGAAUUCCCUGUGAGAAAACGGUAAAAUCUGGUAACAGGUGGCAGGCGAGGC